GAAACUUCUGGAAUAAGACACACUCCGGCUGACACGGUAUACAUCAUGCUAGCUAGUUCCAUUAUUAUGGCAAUGGUCAUGUCUAUUCAGGCAAUACCAGCUCCUUCUACAUCCCACCAAGACGAAUAUACAUUGUGUAGAGGCAAUCCUGCUGACAUUUUCUUCCUGCUCGACAGUUCUACGAGUAUCUGGUCCAAGCACUUUCAACAACAGCUCACAUUUCUACAGCAUUUUGUGGAAUUCUUCCCGGUGUCAGCCUCUCAAACUCACUUUGGUGUCGGGAUAUUUGCUGAUCAGUAUUAUCAGCAAAUAGAAUUGGGCGAGUUUGAUAAUGUAAAUGAACUUAAACUUGCGAUUGAAAACAUACAACAACGGAAAGGCAGUACUCAAACAGGGAAAGCAUUGCGAGUUGUAAGGAAUAAUGAAUUCCGUAGAGCCCGUCCAAAUGUCAGUAAGAUAUUAGUGGUAAUGACGGACGGAGAGUCCACAAAUAAACUCCAGACAGAAUACGAAGCUGCGGCUUUGAAAUAUGAAGGGAUAACAGUAUUUGCCAUUGGAAUUGGAGAUAAGGUCAAAAUGGAUGAGUUAGUUGCCAUUGGAAGUCAACCAUCAGAAACGUACGUCUUCACCGUGUCAAACUUCAAACUGUUAAAUGAAAUCAGGAAGACAUUGACCUAUAAAGUUUGUAAAGGGGAGGAAUUAAAUUCACAACCUGACUGCAGCGCCGGCAUGGAAACAGACUUGAUGUUCACCUUCGAUGCUACUAGUAUGGGUGCACGGAACUCCAACCACGUCAAGAAUUUGAUUGCUGAUACUAUAGAAAACUUUGGGAACAUGGAUACCGGAGUUCUCAAAGCGGGACUGAUAACUAGAUACUGCGAUAAUAAGGAUAUUUAUUUGGACGGUUAUCCUCAACUAGACGAGCUGAUCCCUGUUGUUAAACACAGACAAUUUAGAGGACUUGACCGAAUGAUUUGGCAGAUGCAAAAUCAAAGUUUUGAAAAAGCUAAUGGUGGGAGGGAAACUGCACGAAGGCUUGCAGUUGUAGUGGUUGACAAUAAUGUCGAAAAGCUUGAUAAGUUAGCUUUUGAAAUGCGGAGGGCUAAAUCAAAGAAAGACAUCCAGUUUGUUGUGGUUACCAUUGGCGAGAACCCUAAGUUUGAAAUGUUGAAAAGAUCCGUUCUCCGUCCAGUCGACGCUCAUUUCUUUAAUGUCGACACACACAAGGACCUCAACUUGAUGAAGGAUACAUUUGUCAGCAGUUUGUGUGAAACGUUGAAAGUUCCCAGCUUCCCGGCUUCACUUGUCAUUGAUGAGAAAACAAGGAACUUUGAGGACGUAAUGCCGGUUGCAAAUCUGAUUCUCGAGCCUUAGAAACACAAGUUCUUAACAAACACACAUACCCUUUAUAUUGUGAGCGACUGAUCUACAAUUAUUUGACGUCUUCAAAAGCGAGACACACAUGUGUAAAGUCUUUUUUUUUUUUUUUUUUUUUACGUUUUAUUAAUUUUCAUUGCAGUUUUUAUUCAGUACUUGAAUACACAGUGAUAUAUUAGCUAAAACAUUCAGAUAGUAGGACUUCAAAUACAUACAUUUAAUACCUUUAGUACAUAUUUUAACAAUCGCUCAUUUUAGUUCAUAUAUUUAUAUUAUUGUGUAAAGUCAUGAACGUUCGACAACCAAUGUGUACAUUUCAUAACAAUACGAUGAAAAAUCAGUAACUUGAUGAAUAUGAAGAUGGUUGAAAGAACUAGGCGUUAUAUUAUUUGAGGUUUUGUUAUGUUUCUAUUAUUAGUAGGCAUAGAAUCGAGACAAUAAUGCGUAGUUUUGUUAUGCCUUACAUUAUAUGUGUAGAGCAUUGUUAUUGUCAUGUCUCUCUUCCUACUAAACAAACAGAAUGAGGUUAUUCUCCGGUUGUAUUCAUUAUUUUUAAUUUUGAUAUAUUUGAAUACAUUUACAUUUAUUUUCGUGCAUUUUUGAUAUAUUUGAAUACAUUUAUUUUCAUGCAUUUGUUCGUAUGUGACGUUUGAAUAUAUAU